AUGAGUACUCUAAAUAAAAAUAACAACUAGGAUGACUAAACUAAAGCAAAUUUUUAAGUAUGUGUAAGAAUAAGACCUUUGAAUUCAAAGGAAGAAAACCAAACUACUAGAAAGUACCAUAGUAUAGUGAAAGCCCAGGAUGACAUGGUUUUUGUGUACGAUCCUAAUGAAAAUAGUAUAAAAGAUAUAUUAUAAUACAACUAAUCAAGUUUUAUUCCAAGUAAUAAUCCCAGUUUAGUUGGAGGAUAAUAAGGUUCAAAUAAUGUUUUAGGAAUUAAUAAUAACGUAAAUAACAUAACUAAAAAACCAGAAAAAGAGUUCAUCUUCGAUAAAGUUUUUGAUGAAAAUGCUUCCACGGAAUAAGUUUUUCAAGAAGCAAUUUACCCUACAGUAGAUCACAUAACGAGCGGCUAUAAUUCUACUGUUUUUGCGUAUGGAAUGACUGGAGCAGGAAAAUCCUAUACAAUAUUUGGAAAUUUGUACAGUCAAACUAAUUAAUAAGAUGGUUUAGCUUUAAUGAUAAUACAGUCACUGCACAAGUAAGCAAAAGAAACGACAUCUUAAAUUAAGUUUAAAUUCAGUUACUUAGAAAUUUACAAUGAAAAUAUACGUGAUCUAAUGGUUCCAAAAAGUGAAAACCUUAUGGUGAUAGAAGAUCCUGAAAAGGGAGUAUUUGUCCCAGAUUUGACAGAAUAUCCCUUAGAAGAUCCUCAAGAUAUUAAUAAUUUUAUUAUAUAAGGAAACACUAGAAGGAUUAUGGCUUCAACAGCAGCAAACUAGUUUUCUUCGAGAUCACAUGCUAUUAUUCAAAUUAUUUGUGAGUAAGUCAAUCAUGGAUAAAAUAAGAAAACCUAGUCGAAAUUAUGCAUAGUAGAUUUAGCAGGAAGCGAAAGAGCUGCCUCAACUGAGAAUAGAGGAAUGAGAUUAACAGAAGGUGCAAAUAUUAACAGAAGUUUACUCGCACUUGGAAAUUGUAUUAAUUUACUAUCUGACUCAAAUAAGAAAGGUUCAUUUGUACCUUAUCGUGAUUCAAAACUAACAAGAUUACUUAAGGAAUCUCUUGGAGGUAAUACAAAGAGCAUUAUGGUAGCUUGUAUAUCUCCAAGUAGUCUUUGUUAUGAAGAAACAAUCAAUACACUUAAAUAUGCAGUAAGAGCUAGAAAAAUCAAAAAAAGUGUUACAAAAAAUGAAUAAGAAAUGACAGAGCAUGUUUCUUAAUAUAAAAGUAUUGUAAAUGGCCUUCGUUAAGAAAUUAUUAACUUAAAAACACAAUUAGAUAUGAAAAAUAAAGAAAAUAUUCUUUUGAAGAACAAGUAAAGAUUAAUACACUAAUAUAAUUCUAAUAACUCUGUUGAGGGUCUUGAUGAAAAUAACUUUGUGGAUGAGAUUGGUUAAAAGCUAUUUGAGAAUCUUGAAGAGCAUUGGGAAAUUAAAAACACUAUAGAAGAAAUCAUUAAUCUCAAUAGAAUAAGCGAAAAUUACAUAGUUGAAUAGGAAAAGAUGCUUGAGUUGCACCUUGAUUAAAUAGAUGAUUUAGAAGUCAACGAAAUAAAAAGCGAUAUUCAUAAGAGAAAAGAAGUCAUAUAAAGCAAUUAAGAAAUACUAGCAGAAAUGAAUUUAAAACUUGCUAAAAACAUCGAACAAAAGAAAGAGCUGUAAGUUAGUAUUAAAAAUUUAGGAAAUCAAUACUAAGGAACAUAGACUUUCAAUUCUAGCAUGGCAAUCGGUGGUAUUUUUGGAGGUGAUAUGGAGUCAGAUUUGAAAGACUUUGAUGCAAACAUGAAAGACAUAUAAAUUUUAGAAAUGUAAAAAAAGAUGCAGUAGAUGUAAGAAUAACUUAACUAGAAAGAUAAAUUGCUGUAACAAAAGUAAAAGCUCAUUAUGGAUUUGAAAACAGGAAAAGAAAAUCAGUAAAGUUCUUCUUCAUCUUCACUUUCCUAAUUAUCAGGAUAAUAGUCUUUACUACAAAAGAAGGGAAGCUAAAUCUAUGGUGCUAAUAAUUCUAACAAUAUACCUCCUUCCCCAUCUGUGAAUUCUUAAACGGGAUCUACCUCCUCAAAUCCUAGAAAAUUUUAUAUGAAAAUACCAAAGGAAAUGAUAAGCGAUAGAUCUAUUACAAAUAAAGAAAUAAACACUCCACUUUCUUUAGUUGUGAAUGGAAACCAAAUUUAGGAUGCAAAUAAAUUCUAACAAAAUAAUUCUGGCGUUUUUCCAAAUAGCUCAAAUAUAUCAAGCUAAGCUAGCAACAAUAAUAAUAAAUAAAUAAAAAGAUAAACCUCAAUAAAUAUUAACUAGAAUGCUAAUUAAAAUGAUGAAAAUUCUUAUCUAGCAACUACAAAAAGAACCAAUAGAGAAUCAAAUAAUAAGAUGCAAUAUUCUCAGCUUUAACAAAAUAAUUAGCAAGGAGCUAAUAAAGAGAAAGAUUUGGCCACUAAAAGACCAUCAACAAGUAAGCAUAUUAACUUCCCUACCAAACAAGUGUCUAAGGACUCAUAAAGUACUCUUUAGUAGUUGUAGAUUUAAAUUAAUGGAUUUAAGCCUAUUGCAAAACAAACUUCAAAUUAAAAAAAUAAAAACAAUGGAUCAAAUGUUCUUGCAAAUAAUAAUGCUAUCUUGAAUGGAAUCUAAAAUAGCUCUGGGAAAAAAAUGGAAAUAUCAAUAUCAGAGCUUAAAUAGUAUGCUUAAAAGUUAAAAAAUGUUGACUUUUCUAAUAUCACAAAGAAUUCAAGUGAAUACUAAGAAGCUACUAAGUAAAAACCCUAAUUAAACGAUAAUAUAGAGAAUUAUUAGAUAGUUGAAUCAAGAAGCUAAGCAGAUUUAUUGUAACAAUUAAAUUUUACAAAUAUUCUAUAAGAAAAUUAAGAUGAAUAAAAUGAUAAAAAGAUGUCUAAAAAUGCAUCAACAACAUCUUUUACUCAAGCUAAAAAAGACACAUCUUCAAAAGCUAAUUCACCAAAACAAAAGCACAGGGUUCCAGAAGAUUCUUUUAAUGUAGAAUUUUUAGUAAAUCAAAUGAAUAAAAAAGCAGAAUUGAUGAUCGCUGCAUAGCAAAUGAAAACAUUAGAUUCUAUAAUCUAAUAAGAAUUAACUAAACAAGAAUCUACUAAUAACUUAAUUAAUUUUUCAACUAGUUAAAACACUGUUGACAAUACAACUGCUUAAAAUUAAGAGAAGCAUACUCUUAAUGAGCAAUAAUAAAAAGGAAUUGUUAAAAGCAAGGCUAACCGUAGUAUGUCUUGCUUUAAAAUGGGUGGCUAAGAUCUUGAACUCAAUUCUUAUGCAUUCGCUAGAAAGAAAGUGAGAGAACUAAAAGAUAGACUAGCAAAAAUGGCAGAAAAUAUAGACAAAUAUUCUAAAGAAGAAGUAUAAGGUUUAUUGAAAGAAUACAAAAUGCAAAAUAAUUAUCAGUUAAAGAAUCCAGAAGAUGAGCAAAAAAUUAAAAUUUUAGAAAAUCACAUUGGGUUAACUAGUUAAAAAUAAUAAAAGUAAGAAAAUAAUGAAAACUUGCAACCAUAAAUUGUAAAUAAAAAGCCAGGUACCUAUUCAUCUCAUCAAUCAUCUUCUGCUACUUCUUCUUAUGUCUAAUAGCAAUAGAUGAAAAUGUUAAAAAAAGAAUAAAACCAAAACAACGCUUGCUUAAAAGGUUUAAGCACAAAUAAUAUUAAUAAUGCUAAUCAAUUACCACCAACUCCAACAAGUAAUAAUUAAAAUUUAUAAAAUGCUAGCUCAAAUACAUCAUCUAGUAAUAUUGCUAAAAGUAAGAAGGUUCUCCCAAGAGGACUGCUUUCAUAGCUCAAUUCAAACUAUGCAGAAACAGUAACCUAUUCAAAAAAAAUAUCUGCAAACUAAUCAUCUUUCCAUUAACCUUCAAGUAGAAACACAAUUAGAGAUAAAUCACCUAUAUCAACUAAAAAUAGAGACAAUUCUAGAAAAAGAUUGUAGGACAGCUUUGGUUAGGCACAACAAUAAGUUUAGAUGAAUUCUAAUAUAGGUAUCCCUCCAAAAUCAAAGUAAGCUCUAGGACUAAGAGAUCAACAUUAAAAUUUCUAAUCACUUUAAAACUAAGAAAACUAAGCUUAAAUUUGA